UGUUUUAAGAGACAUCCAGUAGCCGCAUGGGACGUCCCUGGAGUUUGGGUCAGUGGACAAAGGCCAGCGGGACGGCCAAGGGAACGAGAGAGAGGCGUGGGUGUAGUGACUGUGACGACGGCCGAAGUUCUUCUGGCGCCGGCUGUUCGAUGGGGGAUGGGCAGCGGAGUGCGGAGUGCGCGAGGGCAGCGACGACCGCUGGGGUCCGUGACGGAAGGCGCUGGCACCGGUGCUGGGUCACUGGGUCUAGUGCUGGGCUGACCAGACCAGACAGACCAGACAGGCCAGACAGGCCAGGGCAUUGUUAGUCCAGGACGAUUUAAUCCAGACAGAGCGGAGGCGGCGGCGACGGCGGCGGCGACGACGAGAG